GCAUUGCAAAGGGAACAGGAAAAACAACAAACUUAACUUAGGUCUUGUUUAUGAACGAUUUUUACUCGCAAAAUCGUUCUUUUUGUCGAAGUUUUGGACUUAAAUUUACUGGUAAUUUCUACAUCUGCAACUAAAAUGAGUUCAUCUCCGUAUUCCGAUGAGGACAGAAAAGUCGACUUCAACCCGCUGCUGCUGGCAAGUGGCAACCGGAAGAGUGCAUUCCUCCCGUACAAACCCACCAACACGGUGCUGACCAAUCUGCAGCGCGGCAACACCGAAGCCAGCAUCCCCAGCGAAAUAUGUUUGAAUUUUCACGAGAAAACCGGCCAAGGGGAAAUCACCGAGGAGCAGGUCCGGGCGGAAAAGACGGUGGACUUGCCGGAUUCAAACCAGUUUACGCCGCUACACUGGGCCUGCUACUACGGGCAACUGUCGUCGGCGCAAAUCCUGAUAAGUUGUGGGGCGGAUGUGAACCGGCAAGCAAUGGAUAUGGUCACGCCGUUGGUGCUGGCCGCGGCUGGUGGUCAUCACGAGAUUGUUAGGCUGCUGAUACAGCGGGGAGCCAAAGUGAACCACAUGGAUGUGGUCGGGAAUACGGCACUGAUGUAUGCCGCGGCCGGGAACCAUCCUCACACGUGCAAUGAGCUGUUGAACAAGGGGGCCAAUUUUACCGACACCAAUGAGGAUGGCGAAACGGCGUAUAGUUUGGCCGUGAAGCAACAGGCCAAUCUAUCGCAGGCCGUGCUGGAAAACUAUAUUUCCGCAUUACUGAUGUCAUAGACGUUGUAGAUUUUGUAGAGCGUAAAACUUAUCAGAUAAAUUUUACCGAAUUGGAUUGUGUGAUAAUUUGUACCUGGACGUGUGUAAAAAAUUGUUAUAAAAUAUGUUUUAUUCCUAAUUUGAU